GUUGAUUCGAACCACAUUUUGUUUCUGUUUUUAACAAAAUGCAUCAACCAACCUCACAACUAAGCCAAGUGAAAUCAACAACUUGGAUAUUGUCAACUUGCACAUACAAAAGUGCCGCUGACUUCGGGAAGUGCUGAACUACCCAUUUAUGUUGUAAAAAUUAAUACUUGCAACUGUAUUCGGGUUAAUUCGACUACACGAAUGAGUUAGGUAUGUGUGUUUCCCGCUCCAGCGUCAGCAUUCGGUGCAUUCUGUGUGCAUUGUUGGGCUCUGCGUGGAGUUUCGUUUCCAAAAAGAUUGCACAAUGACUGAUAACAAUUACGAAAUCGACUUUACAAAUACCUUCAUAAACGCGUGCCCUUCCACAUCCACAACGUAUUAUGUAAGAUUACGUUAUAAAGAAACACUGGUAUGGGCUUCAGUUAGCGGCAAUUAUGAAUCUAUUAAACUUAAAGCUUCUCAGUGUUUCCCAGAAUUAUUGGGAUCCUCUUUCAACAUACGUGAUUCGGAUGGAGCUAUAAUAAACGAGGAUUUUAUAAACGACUUUUUAAACAUUUCCAACAAAGGGGUAAUACUGAGUUUUGUAAAGGACGAUGAAGUCAUAGAACAAUUGCCUAUGGAGAGAAAUAUAAAUUCUCCUGCCUUUUCAACCUAUUCAUUGGCAUAUACCGGAGGAGUUAGUAGUGCCAGUACGGAAACUUUGCAGUCCUUGCCUACGUCCCCGGCACCAUCCGAUAUCUGCUCAAAUUUCGAUGAAGAUGAUGAUUCUUAUUCAUUAAUAGUUUCCCCUACUGGUAAGAAGCGACUAAAGACAUCAUCAAUUUCAUACCACAAUUUAACUGAUCACGAAUUCAAAAACUAUUUGUUAUCUGAUGCUUGGGGCAAACAAGUAAUCAGCUACUAUAAAGAAAAUAGAACAUUAGAUGACAAACAUAGGAUACGAUUGGUGCAUAUCGCAGUUGAUCAUAUGUUACAAUUUAUGCCCCCCAAUACUUUACCUUCUGCUGAAACGAGAACACAAUAUGCUAAAUGCAUAGUAACACUGUUCCCAAAAUUGAAAGAUGUACAUACUGACGAAGGAUAUGAAGCAUUUAGGGGAUUCAUCGUUGGCCGCUUACGAACUGUUUUUAGAGAUAAAAAAGUGAAAAAAGGAAAUUCUACAAUUCAAGAGAAUUCCACAGUCAAUAGUGAUGAGUAUGAUGAGAGUGUUCAAGAAACCAUAGAGUUUUUGAAGGCAGCAACGCAGGAACAGAUAAAAGAUAUUUUUGAACGCACAAGACAGACAUUUGACUUUAGAAACAGUCACAGACAAGAUAUCGAUAAAUUAUUUCCCAGGUUUUUUGAUACGCCUGGCUUAAUAAGUUUGGAAUUUUCUCUAAUGUUUCCUGAAAAUGAUAUAUUUCAUAAAACUUUUUCAAAAAAUAUUUCCAUAAUUAAAAAACUAUACACAACAACAGCAACAAAUAUAAACACAAAGUUUUUACACGAAGAAAAUAAGGACCCCCAAGAUUGGAAUGCAAGUACCAAUGCAAUUUUAAUGUUGGUUUACUUGUUACCCCCAACUAGCUCUAAAAAUGCAAGAAAACAAAGUGCCGCUACAGCUGCAAACAAACUUAUAAUAUUUAAAGAUAUGCAAGUACCUUUCACUACUAUUUUGAAGGAAAGACCAUCCAAACAACCGUUCAUACUGGCAAUUGGAACAUCCAAAGCUGCAAUAAGUAAAUAUUACGUAGUAUUUGACGAACACAUAAUCCCUUCUCCUGAACAAAAUGUAAUAACUGCGUUUGAUCUUUGUUUUAAAGUACAUUUUGUAUUUAAUUUAGAUUUUGAGAAAUCUUUAGAGUAUUUUUAUAAAUUUGUUCAAAAUGCGUUUUAUAAUUUAGAAGUAAAGACAAUAUCCGAUAGAAUUCGUUGGUUGAGAACUAAAAUGGAUCACUUGAUGUCGCCAUCAAGCGAUGAAUCUGAAUAAAGAAAUACCUAAAUAUCAUUUUUACACUGUUGUGUUAACAUUUUAGAAGUAUUUUUUAGUUUUUAUAUUAGUUUUAAACAUGUUUUCUUGUUUUUUAUGUACUUUUAGUAAUUUAGCGUUAGGUAAAUUUUUGAAACAUUUACGACAGGUGCAUGCUUUGUACGAUAACGAAAAAUUAAGAUUAAAAUGCUUUAGUUGUACCAACAUAUAUGAAACUUUUAGUGGAUAUAGGAGACACAUUCAAAAAUGUAACACACACAAAAUUAAUAAGGAUCGUUCUUCAAUCUCUAAUGUUGUAAAACCUCAAACUGAGUUAAUAUGUGCAUCUACUAACGAACAUUUUGAUUUUGGAUGUAACCUAACAUCAAAUACUAAUCAGAAAUCGUUAAGUGAUUACUGUGCGUCAUAUGUUUCGAGUUUAUACUCUCUGGGUUUACCAGACUCGACCAUUCAAAAUAUCCUAGAAAUGAAUGAAAAAUUACUAAAAAUAAUUUCGGAUACACGAAUCAGUAGCACCAUAGCUGUUCAGAAUGCAUUUUCAGAUAUUAACACAAAAUAUAAAAGAGAAUUGUAUUUUAAAAAACAUAUAGUUGAACCUAUUGAAAUUCCAAUAGGCAUAAGAUACGACCAAAUAUGGAAUAAGGAAAAGUUUGUCUACGAACAAAUCCUGAUGUCAUGUCAUUUUAUGUAUGUUCCAAUUUUAAAAACAUUACAAUUCCUUUUAAAAAAUGACUCUUUUCGAAAAUUAUUAUUUCAAAAACCCAAAGAAAGUCACCCCAACAUUCUUUCUGAAUUUUCACAUGGAAGUAUUUUCCGAAAGAGUGCAUUUUUUAAAGAAAACCCUCAUGCGUUUCAGCUGCAGCUCUACUUCGAUGAAUUUGAUACGGUAAAUCCAUUAGGAUCCAAAACGGGAGGACACAAAAUUGGAGCAAUUUACAUGAUGAUAAAGAACUUACCCGCUCAGUUAAAUUCAGUUUUGGAGAAUAUUCAUUUAGUUGCUUUAUUCUAUGCCAAUGACAUAAAGAAAUUUGGCAUGAACUCAGUUCUAGAUAUCAUUGUUAAAGAUAUUAAAAUUUUAGAAGAGCAAGGAGUUUAUGAUGACGUUGCAAAGACAUUUUUAAAAGGCACAGUUGUCUCACUUAGUCAUGACAAUCUGGGUGCUAAUCAAAUUUUUGGCAUGGUAGAAUCUUUUUCCUCGACUAACUAUUGCCGCAUUUGCAUUGCUAAUAAAACAGACGCACAAAGUAGAGCCAUUCAAGAUGAAAGUUUAUUAAGAAGUGAUUUUAUGUAUGAACAACAUUGUAGAUCGCUAAAACAGGAAACCGAUCUUUCGAAAAGAUCUAAUAAUACGGUCUGUGGCAUUAAAUUCCGAAGUUCCUUAAAUAAUCUUACUCAAUUUAAGUUAUGUAAUAAUCAGUCUGUAGACAUUAUGCAUGACUUAUUAGAAGGUGUUAUACAACUGGAACUUAAAUUAUUUUUCAAAUUUCUUAUUUCAGAAAAAAUCAUAACCCUCGAAGAUAUUAAUGACAGAAUAAAAUCUUUCAAUUUUGGACAUAAUUAUCAGUGUACUAAACCAAGCCCCAUAAGUCUUGAUAAACUAGGUAAUUCAAUAGGCCAACGUGCCGCACAGACUUUCUGUUUAUUGAAGUUCAUACCUUUAAUUUUAUCGGAUAAAAUACUAUCGUUAUCCGAACAACACCAGAGAAAAUACCAAGUUAUUCAAUUAAUUCUAAAAAUUGUUAACAUAGUAUUUUCUACAGUGAAUACAAAAGCAAGUGUUUCUGAACUAAAGGAAUUAAUUAGGCAACAUCAUGAAUUAGUUAUAAAAGAGUACAAUAUUAAUUUAACACCCAAACAUCAUUUCAUGAUACAUUAUCCUUACAUAAUCUUAAAAAUGGGACCUCUAAUAGGCUUGUGUUGCAUGCGUUUUGAAGCUAAACAUGGAUAUUUUAAAAAUCUCGUGACCAAGUUAAAAAACUACAAAUCUUUAUGCAAAACUCUGAGCUUUCGACAUCAGGAGCACAUAUGGCACCAAUGGAACAACAUAAAUUUAGGUUAUCAACCAUUAUACGGAAAAUGCAGUCAAAUUAAUUACAAAAAUAAAUUAUAUUCUGUUUCAUUAAAACAUUUUGUUGAUUCAAUACUUGGUGUUGAAGACAAUUAUUCCGUAACUGUUACAAAUUCGGUAACUGCCUUCAGUACUUUCUUCCAAAAGAAAAUGUUUGUUACAUUAGAACACGAUGAAAAAUACCCACUUUUUUCCGAGAUAAUUGAGUUACUUAUUAUUAAUAAUAGUCCAUAUUUAAUUUGUACGACUUGGGAUACAAUUACAUUUAACGAGAUUUAUCAAGCUUACAUUAUACGCAGCCCUAAUAACACAAUAUUUGAAAUUGUUGACUUGAAAAGUGUAAAUCACUUUGUCUCAUAUGAGUUACAUCAUCCUUUUGGUAGCAAUAUUAAUGCAAUUGUUCCUAAGUAUUCUAUAUUAUCAUAAAUGUAAAUGUACAAUAAUUUGUUAUC